AGAGAAAAAAAAACAACCAGGAAGUUAAACAGAGGAGGAAACGUCUGCGUUGUGUUGGAGCAUCAAACUUUCAUAUCUUUAGGAAGAUUUUUUUACAUAAGUUUUGAAUAACAGCGUCAACUUAAAAGACAGUUAGUCCAUCGGGUUGUGGUCAAAGGGCAUUGUUUCUGACAAGAUGAACACUGAUCCGGAGCGGGGAGGAGUAGGGGCAGCGCCGGAGUCACAGGACAAGGUGCAGUCCUUAAAGGAACAAGUAGAUGGAGUGAAAACCAUCAUGACGCAUAAUGUGGACCGGAUCCUGGCCCGAGGAGAGAGACUGGAUGACCUCAUGGGCAAGUCAGAGGACCUGCAAGCAGGGGCUCAACACUUCAAGCAGACGUCUCAGAAAGUGGCUCGCACCUACUGGUGGAAGAACGUGAAGCUGGUCGUGGUCAUCGUGGUGGUAGUCCUCAUCAUCGUCCUCAUCAUCGUCCUGCUGGCCACCGGAGUCAUCCCUGUCAGUGCCCCCGUGCCUCCAGUCGCUCCCACCACAAAGCCUUAAACACACACACACACAAACACAUAAUGUAUAUACAGUCAUACACACAUUCUUAUUGCACAGUAUAAAAAGUAAUAUAUAGACUAAAGCAGGAAACUGCUGUCUGGUGAAGCCUUUAUUACUUCUGAGUUAGUUUCUGCUGGGAGCUUUCAUGCUUGUAUUGGAAUUCAAGGACUUUGUGCUUGUUUGAAGGAACUUAAAAGGCACAUCCGUUUUUGAAACUCUUUCAAAACGCAGUUCAAGUGUAGCCACUUUUUGAAUUUGUGAGAAAUUAAAGAAAGGUGUCUGGAAGGUCUGAAGUUUUCACCUGACAGCAGCAAAAACACUGUCCCUGUUCUUAAAGGACGCUGCAUAACAUCACACCAGCUCCUCUGUUUUUAACUGUUUCACCACCAACGGUUAUUUCAUCCUGGAAAACAGCGCAUCACUUUAAUGUGUGGAUUUAGAAAAAAUCAUUUUGGAUUUCUCCAGUAUCAUACGAGACAUUUUGUUAAUGUUAAAUGUCAUCACUUAUGUGCACCUUUACCAAGGGCAGUCUGUAUAGUUUAAAAGUUGAAAAAUGCAGUUCCUAAAAAUAUCAGGCAGCAUGUUUUUGCUGACAUUGGACAUAUGCACCUAACACAAAUCUGUUACAAUGUCACUCACACUAGUGAAAGGCUGAAUUGUGUAUUUUAAGAUAUAUAGAAAUGUUACCAUUUAUGGGCAUGUUACUUUCAAAGUGCUUCCACUUUCUUUGUAGUCAGACAAUCUAGAAAAAAGUAAUCAUCCACAGAAACUCAUUUUUUACAUUUUUCAGGUAGUUGAUUGAAUGUAUACACUUAGGGCUGCUUUAGUUCUUUAUUAAAAAAAAUGAAAUUAGCUCCUCACUGGUUUUAAGGGCUCAUGUUUGAGGAGAGGUUUGUAAAAGUAAUAGUACACAGUCAAAGGUUAAGAAACAAUUAUAAUGCACAAAAAUCACAUCAUUCAAUUGUGUUUAGUGUCAAACCGGUGAGCUAAGACACCACCGAGUACAACAUUAGUGUGUCCAGAAGUGUACAUCAAAAGAUCCAGUGUUUAGGAUUUAGGGUUUUUUUUUAGUGUACAAUCACCUGAAAAUAAGAAUCGUUGUGUAUCGUUAUCUUAGAUUAACUGUUUAAAGUUACAUAUGGUCCUCUUCUAUGGAGUUCAACAUGUAUUUUCUACAGUAACCUGGAACAGACAAAUCUCUGGCUCUAGAUAGGGCCGUUUUUUGUGUUUUCAUGUUGGCCAUUGUAAGUCUCCUACACACUUCACGCUACACGUUUCAGUUUCUUGCAAUCUGCAAAAUCACCACUAGAUGUCACUAAAUCCUACACACUGGACCUUUAAAUAUAAAUCAGCAUUGACUUGGGUGAUAAAAAUUAACUGAUAUUACCUUAUGUUUUAAAACAACACUGCAUUUUCAGUUACACGUUUUUCUACUUAACAGAAGAAAAGUUAACUCAAAAUUUCAGAUUUGUACAUUUGCGCUUUGCAGUAUCAUUUAACACAUCUUGUUAAUUUUUUUUUUCCUCAGUGUGUUUUACCUCUAGCGUUAUUGCAUUUUAAAUGUAGAGCUUCGGUACGUUGAUUCAAUAAAUAAACCACCAGGGUCAGCAGUUAACCCUUUGAAACCUGAGGA